AUUAUGACGGAAGAUUGCAAGAAUAUAAUUAAUUGCUUUUCUUAUUAGGUUUUCAUAACUUGUCCAAAGUGGAAGAGUUGAUGCUGUUUAGUUCUAUCCUCCCAACCAACUUCUUUCAUGGCAUUGGAGCAUUGACUUCUCUUAGGGUUUUAAAACUGUACGACUGCGGACUCAAUGACUCCUUAACACUCCAAGGUUUUCAUAACUUGUCCAAAGUGGAAGAGUUGAUUCUGUUUACUUCUAUCCUCCCAACCAACUUCUUUCAUGGCAUUGGAGCAUUGACUUCUCUUAGGGUUCUAACACUGUAUGACUGCGGACUCAAUGACUCCUUAACACUCCAAGGCUUGAGUGAAUUGACACAUCUUGAAGAGUUGGAUGUUGGCAAAAAUUAUUUAGGGGGAGCCCUGCUUUCAUGUUUGUCAAAUUUGACUUCUCUCCUAAGCUUAAACCUCGAUUCAAACGAAUUUUCUGGAGAUAUAGCUCUAUCACCCCUUAACAAAUUGACAUCCCUUCAAUAUCUAUCCCUUUUAGACAAUCACUUCCAAAUUCCCAUCUCCCUUCAACCUUUCUUCAACCAUUCAAAACUCAAGCAUCUUUAUGCUGAAAAUAAUGUAUUUUACAUAGAUACCAACAUUGAAUCUUUGGAACCAACUUUCCAACUAAAUACCUUAGUUUUGUCUGGUUGUGGAGAUUGUGGAGCAAUUCCAAACUUCCUCUACUCUCAACACCACUUGGAGUAUUUACAUCUCUCACACCUUAACCUAACUGGAGAGUUUCCCAUUUGGUUGUUGGAAAAUAACACGAGGUUGAAAACACUUUCGUUGGUUAACAAUUCUCUCUUUGGACUUAUUGAGCUGCCAACUCAUUCUCAUAUGAGUUUGGAACAUCUAGAUAUCUCUAAUAAUUUCUUGGAUGGCCAUAUUCCAAUGGAGAUCGGAGCAUCUUUGCCAAGUUUACUAGAUUUAAACAUUUCAGAAAAUUCUCUUAUUGGUAACAUUCCUCCUUCAAUUGGUGAUAUGGAGUUGCUGCAGUCUUUGGACUUAUCUCACAAUAACCUAUCUGGCAGCAUUCCUCCUUCAAUUGGUGAUAUGGAGUUGUUGCGCAUUCCCCCUUCAAUUGGUGAUAUGGAGUUGCUGCAGUCUUUGGACUUAUCUUACAAUAACUUAUCUGGUGGAAUACCAGAGAAGUUAGCCAUGGACCUUAGUGACAACCAGCUAAGUGGUAACAUCCCAAAUUGCAUCAAUAUGCUUGGUGAGUUGAGUUAUCUUCUCUUGAAGAACAAUAAUCUUGAAGGUAAGAUCCCAUUUCAACUAUGCAAGUUGCAGAAAUUGAGCAUAAUUGAUCUAUCUCAGAACCAUCUUUCAGGCCGUAUACCCUCUUGCCUAAAUCUUACUACUAAUGAGCAAUAUAAUGAGGGUAAUGAUUUUGUUUCUAACGAUGAACAAUUUGCUGCAAAACUUUUCAAGAAUACACUUUCUGAUGGUGAACCAGUGCAAUUCACAACAAAGAAUAUGGCAUAUUCUUACAACGGAAGACUUCUCACCUACAUGUCUGGAAUGGACCUUUCCUGCAACAAACUGAUUGGUGAAAUUCCUUAUGAAAUAGGGCACCUUAGUAAGAUUCAUGUACUAAACCUGUCUCAUAAUUUCUUGAUUGGUGGAAUCCCAUCUACAUUUUCUAACCUUGAGCAAAUCGAGAGCUUGGAUCUUUCCUACAACAAUUUGAGUGGAAAAAUUCCACCCGAGCUUGUUGAGUUAUGUUUCUUAUCUACCUUUAGUGUAGCAUACAACAACUUAUCAGGUAAGACACCAGCAAGGAUCCGACAAUUUGCAACAUUUGAUGGAAGUUGUUACCAAGGUAAUCCUCUGCUUUGUGGGGAACCAAUGAAAAGUUGCUCAACAACAAGUCCACCACCAAUGAUCCAGGAAGGUCCAACACAGGGCAUAGAAGAUGAUGGUUUCAUCGAUAUGGGUGUCUUCUAUGUGAGUUUAAUUGUGUCUUACAUAAUGGUGCUCAUAACUAUUGCUGCAGUUCUUUACAUAAAUCCUUAUUGGAGACGGGCGUGGUUUUAUUACACUGAGAUGUGCUUCAUUUCUAGCUACUAUUUUAUAGUCGAUCAUCUAUCCAAGUCAUGAAGCAAUGCAUUAAAGAAUGUAGCCAUUUUAUAGUUGUCAUUUCUAAAUUGCUCUUCUUAUUGUUUCUUGUUUGGAAUUGCAAUGAAAAGUCUUACAUGUAAGCUCUUUCAAUUAAAUUAGCAAGCAGAGUUUGGAACCUAAUUUGACAAAAGUUAUGUUCUGAGGGAGUAAUGAUUAAAGUAAUAACUAUUAGUUAUUUUU